AUGGCUCCUUCCCUUAUGAAGCCACCAAAUGCAUCGAAGUCUAAUUUGGCAAAUGCUGGAAAAAACUUUUAUGCCUGCAGGGCAGAAGAGAAGGAUCCCAGUACUAAAGUUUGGAACAGAAAUGAGUAUACUCCUUUAAGUAACACAACAGAUUUAAGAUCUGGUAGUGGAAUUAUUCAAAAGUUUGAGAGCUUUUCAAAUGAUUUGAAAACUCUUCAGUGGCAAAAAUCCCUCGAUAACCGUAAUUCAUCUCAGCACAUCAAAACAACAGAAACAAGCCAAACAUAUACAUCUAAAGGACAAUGGCCAGUGGAACCUAACACUGUUUCAAGAAGUCUGCAGGACCGUAGUCUGGCACUUAAGUUUAACCGCAAUAUUCAGCAAAAUAAAAUGAAUGAAAAACAAUUUGAUUGUGUUCCAGAAGGCAAAACUCAGGAAGUUUCAUCAUCUCAAUUAAAAAUUAAAGAAAAAAAGAAUUCUUUGCGAAUCAUAUCUGCAGUCAUUGAAAGUAUGAGGCACUGGAGUCAAUAUGCUUAUAAAACUGCACUAUUAUUUGAAGUUUUAGGCACACUUGAUUCUGCAGUCACACCUGGAGCAUAUGGAGCAAAGAAUUUUCUUCUGAGAGAUGGAAAGGAGAGUCUGCCAUGUGUAUUUUACGAAAUUGACCGGGAGCUUCCAAGACUAAUUAGAGGUCGAGUGCACAGAUGCAUGGGAAAAUAUGAUGCAAAAAGGAACGUUUUCAAGUGCGUCUCUGUAAGACCAGCAACUAUUCAAGAACAAAACACUUUCCAAGAAUUUGUUAAAAUUGCAGAUGUUGAGAUGACAGCAUAUGUAAAAACAAUGAAUGAAAUUUAA